CUGAAGCCCGAGGUCGAGAAAAUCUUAAAGCUAAAGCCCAAGGUAGAAAAAAUUUUAAAGACCAUAUUCUCCCAACUAAAGCUCGAGGUGGUGAAAAUUUUAAAGAUAUUUGUUGUGGUCCUGGAGGUCCAGGAGUAAAUGGUUCAGUUCCCAAUACUGGUAAUAGGGUUACAAUCAUCAGCAAUACAAAUACAGCAGAAGGUUGUUGUAGACAUUGUUAUGAGAAUCCUAGGUGUAUUUGGUAUUUUAUUAAUUUAGAACUUAAUACUUGUCACCUUAUUGGAUCAGCUACAGAUCCACUUGUAAAUAUAUGCGAUUCGUACGUAAAUUAUGUAAAUGAUAAUUUUUUUGCAUCCGGAACCUCAGGUUGUGGCUUUUGUCAAGUUAACGAAUGUUAA